UUCGAACGAUUUCGCACCGGAUGUCCAUCGUCCGACGUAUUCAACGCAGGUUCAAACAUCGUCCCGGCCAAAAUAAUGUGACCCGUUCGUCGCGAUCGUUUUCUUCCGCACACUGAGAAAAUCCAGCGAUGGCUCUCAUACCGAGAAUACUGUUCACGUGCUCGUUGCUCGUCCUGCCAAUCGAGAUCGUCUCGAUCGAACGAUCCGAUCGAUACGAGUCCGAUCACAAGCUACUUUGGCCAGUGUGGCCCGUGUUUCACGAGAAGGCGUCCCGCAGACACGAUCGGGACUCCAGCAGCUUUCAUCAGAGCGCGAACGCUUUGAACCGGGAUGCUGAAAGAUCGACCACGAUCGCACCGAUUACAGGAUCCGCGAGACAUCACGGAGAGCUACGGGUUCAUCAACAACGACCUGGCAACUCGAAACCGGAGAAACUUAGCGCGGUCGCGGUAGCCGAAUACGGUGGCACCAGGGCGAUUGCUUACGCUGGUUAUCAUAACAAUCAUCGCCAUCAGCCUAGGGAUGUCACGCAGAGCUACCAUAUCACCAGUACGCAGGCUACGUACACCAGGUAUCAUCCUGGGAGACGCGUCUGUACCAGAUCGGUUCCCAGCUCUACUGUUCAUCAUCAUCGAAACGGACAAAUUAGGUAUCUUAAUAUUCUUAAUAUUAAGACUGACUCGCCUUCCGUUUUCUUGUGCUGCCCAGGAUGGACGCAAGCAACUCAUUUAAGUUUUGGAUGCAAUAAACCUACCUGCCCAGUAACAUGCUUAAACGGAGGAAUAUGUACCUCCCCCGGCAGGUGCACGUGUCCCAAAGGAUUUACAGGCAACCAGUGCCAGACAGACGUCGACGAGUGCGUGACAGAGAAGCCCUGCGAUCAGCUCUGCAGAAACCUACCGGGAACCUACGAGUGCCACUGCAGACCCGGUUUUCAAUUGCAGAAAGACGGCCAGUCCUGUCGAAAAAAUGAAACCGAAGAUACCGCUUUUGAGGCUCGAGAUUUAGAAGAUGAUUUUCACGAAUCGACAACAACGAGGCGGCCAUCGAUUUCCUCGCAAGAUACUGAGAACGAGGUGGCCGACGGUGACCUCGAUCAGGACUACGAGAUUAUCCUGAAAAGGCUCACCAAGCUCGAAAAGCAAUUUGCAAAAGGAAGAAAGAGGGAGACAGACACCACAGAAAUGAGCGUCAAAGUUGCCUCCGUCGUUGAAAGCAUAAACGAGAUGAAAAGAGCCGUGGAAAAUAUGCACCACAUGCAACGAGAAAUAUACGAGAUGCGAAACAAACUGAGAGAAUACGAAUUGGAAACGAGGAAAAUGCAGCAUUUGACGAAUCGAGUGAUGGAACUGGAAAAUCGUCUGAGAUUACGUUGCAGAGCAACGAUGCCGAUAAACAGUGGCGCAUUAAAUUUUUAGUUAUAAAAACAUCAAAAUUCUAUAGGGCAUUGCCCAUAAAUGUAAUAUUUAUGUACGAAUACUUUUAUAAUACAUCAUACUAUCACUGCCAUCUUCAUAGCU